AUGGAUACUGAAGUGGUGAAAGCUUUUAAUGCAGAGCUAACAUCUGUCUACGAAUCAAAACCUCCUUUGAGCAAGAAGAAGAUUCAAGAUAUAUCUAAGGCAGCGUUAAAAGCGAAAGGAUACUAUAAACAUGUUGUAUUCAGUGUGGAGAAAUUUUUAGCAAAGUGCAAAAUCGAAUAUAAAAUCCCAUGUCUUUACGUGAUUGACAGCAUCAUUCGUACAUCCAAACAUCAAUUGAAAGAAAGGGAUGUGUAUGCGGCACGAUUCCUUAAAAACUUCUCCAAGACGCUGUCUGAUCUUCUUACCUGUCCUGUAUCCGAACAGCCUCGUGUGGUUCGAACUUUGAACCUCUGGGGAGCUAAUGGUGUUUUUAGUGAGGAACAGCUCGCCCCUUUCAAACAACAGUGUCGCGACAUGGGAAUAGAUACGGAUAUCGAGAGAGUGGAACGUCUUGUCAAAGGAGAUGAUGCAGAUAUGUCGAGAUAUGGAGGUGCGUACGGACGAGCAAAAGAAAAGGAGAGAAAGAAACAUCAUAGGAGCUCUGCUCCGGAAUCGCCACCACAUCAAGAUUACGAUCAGCCGGCACCUUCUACCACUCCUCCCAUGCCGCCCCCUGCUCAUCUCUUGGCUGCUGCUGCACCCACUAUUGAAGCUCCUGUACCACCUGUAACUGUUGUUAACGAUCCUGACAAUGAACCAUCUGAUGAAAUUCCUCCAUGUGGACUAAGCGAACGCAAGCUUCUCGAAAUGAUGAUAGAUGCAAAUUUCGACUUUAGCGGUGCUUUCAAGAACGAUAUAGUGCUGUUAAGGAAGGCUCAUGGUUUAAUUUCUCGUGCGCUGGAUGCUAGAAUACGAUCAGUAGGAGACAAACCGGAGAUCAAGGAUCUGUUGUCGAGCCAGUUUGACUACAGUGACGAAGAAGACGAUGGAGACGAGAGUAAAAAGACAAAAAGAUCAGAAAAAGUCACAGAAGUGUGUCAAGAAGACCUUCUAAGUAUCGCUAGGAAUUUAAUAGAAGAUCCGAAUGUGAUUGCGGCUUUCAAACACAUGCAUGCUGAACGGAUAGUUGCUCUAAAUCAGAUAGCUGCACAAGCCCAGCAACGUUCUUUAUCAGCUACAUCCGGAGCAUCAGGAAGCACGACCGUUCCAAUGACGUCAUCAUCUUCCGUCUUUCCUGGUGGCACAGUAACUAGUCUUCAACCACCAGUAACAUCUGCAGCAGCACUGCAGGGAAUUAGUCUCCCAAAGGGUCUUCCGGGUGGAAUUGCACUGCCACAAGGUCUUCCUCGACUGGACGUUAGCCUGUUCCAGGCCGGACUGCCUAACCUUGCUACUUUGCCAGGAGUCCAAAGUCUGCCUAACCUGCAAGGUCUUGCGGGUCUUCAGUCACUCAAUCUUGCCCAUCUAACUGCUCUCAAUCCAGCAAAUUCUACUCAGCCCAAUCAGGCUCUUCUUAACUUAUUGGCCAAUAAUUCAUUGGUGUCGAAAAUUGGCAGCUUGCCCAGUUUGUCAUUCGCUAGUGCUAGACCAACCCCUGUUUCACUUCCUGGAGGGAUUGAUCCUGCUCAGUUGGCUAAACAGCAGGAGAUCCUGCAACAACUAGCUUCUGUUGGAGGAAGUGGUACGAUUAGCGGCGUUCCUCCACCAUCUGGUCUAGGUUUGUUAGGAGCUGCUCCGGCGCAGCUUCUGAGCACACUUCCAGCUGCUCCUGUACCCAUGAUGACUGAUGACAACGAGAGUGACAAAGAUACGAGGAAGAAAGACCGCAAAAGGAGUCGGUCGAGAGAUCGUGGAGAUCAUAAGCGGCGAAGGAGCAAAUCCAAAGAGCGCAAGCCAGAGAAAGUGGACAGAGAACGACGUAAAUUAGGGUUGCCUGCUGUUCAAGAAGGAUUUGUUACAAUUGCUUCUAAAACCCUCUGGUUUGGUCGUCUUCCCGUGAAUUGUAGUGAUUCUGAUAUCCGGGCAGCAGUUGCUAGUGCUGGCGAUGUUAUGCGAGUGAAUCUCAUCAGCUCAAGAGCCUGUGCUUACGUUACCAUGAGCUCAAGAAAGGCUGCUUAUGAUGUGAUGCAGCGGUUAGCAAGGGACAUGCAAAUUCAGAGGAAGAACGUGAAGGUGGAUUGGGCGAAAGGUACGGGAAUGAAAGAGAACGAGUUAGCCAAGUACUGGGAUAGCGAGCGAGGACUUUCGCUAAUCCCAUGGGAUCUGCUCCCUAAGGAUAUGGAGCGAUUUUGUGAAGGGUCUUAUCUGGAUGUCGAAUCACUCCCACCUGAGAGAAGAACCUUGGUGAAUGACGCUGGAACUACAACCAUAGCUUCAACAACAAAUGCUGCCGCAUCAAAGACGGAUACCUCGUCACCGAACUCUCCGCAGUCCAAUUCCAUGCACGCGUCACCAAUAAAAUCCCUUGUGCCGGAUUCACCGGCGGUGCUGCCUCCACUACCACAAGCAGUUCCACCACCUUCUCCAUUUCCUCCAUUUAUGGGUGCUCCACACGGAGGACACGGUCCGUUUAUGGGACCACCCCCACAGAUGGUUCCUCCACCAAACUUCGGUAUGCGAUUACCUAUGCCUUCAAGUAUCCCAUCGGGAAUGCCACCAGGAAUACCAGGACAGAUGUUUGGUGUUCCUCCUGGAGGUCCUGGUGGUAUGAUGAUGCCCCCACCUGUGCAUCCGCCAGGAACUAUGCCACCUCCUACAUCUAUGCCACCACCUACGUCAAUGCCGCCGCCUACGUCAAUGCAGCCGCCGAUACCAGGAGUUUCUGGAGUGCCCAGACCAUGUCCGCCAGUACCCUCUGGAGGAUCAGGACCGCCUGGUGUCCCACCACCAAAUUUCAACUCACCGCCAAUGAGAGGAGGAUUUGGAGGGCCAGGCGGUGGUGGAUUCAGAGGUGGUCGUGGAGGCGGAUUCGGAGGAAGAGGAGGAUUUCAAGGGGAUCGACCGUUUAAUAACAGAGAUGCGCCUAGUGCUAAUGUUACAGUAACUAGAGGAAUGGUUGAUGACAGGCACGAUCCAGACAGAGAUGGAAGAAGACCAUGGAAUGACAGAAAUGAUCGUGGUGGCCACAGAGAUGGUCCUCGUGGACAGUGGAAUAAUGAUGGUCGAGAUGGAAGGGGGGAUAGAGAUCAGGAGAGAGACCGACGCCGCGAUGACAGUAGAGGAGAUAAACGAAGGAGCCGAUGGGGAGAUUCAGAGGAUCGAGGAGGAAAUCGGUGGGAAGGGCGUGAUAGACGGAGAAGUGAGAGGGACGACAGAGAUAGGGACCGUAGGGACAGAGAUAGGGACCGAGACCGAGACAGAGACAGGGAUAGAGACAGCGACCGAAGACGGGAUCGAGACAGAUCAGAGAGGGCCGACAAAGGUCGACGGGAGCGUGAGGAUCGCGAACGGCCUAGAACAAGAGAAAGAGAGUCCCCGCGGUAUGAUGAUCCACCACCAUCAGAGUCACUUCCUAAAAAUGGAUCCGAAGAAGCGAUGGUAACUUCGACAACAGAUGUUGAGCCAAAUGUAACUGCGUCGAAACCUCCAAAUUAUUCCGAGGUCGAUCAGAUGAAGGCAGUUGCGAAAGAGGACGAAAUAUUAGACAAUGCUUUAUCGACACCACCACCCACAGAGGCGUAA